UUCACUCAAUAUUUUUUUAAAGUUAAUUUACCUGGCAUUCGCCGAUUUACAUACACAUGAAAAUUGUUGACAAAACAAACCAACGAACAGAUGUGUUUAUGUUUGAAGAUGCCUGUAUAAAGUUUUGGCUGUAGACACAUAGGAAUGCAAGAUCUACUGGUUAUUCAAGUGUCAUAGUCAAUAAAAAUAUUGAAGUGCGCUUCCGUAAUCUCUGUCCAAUGAAAACUGCAGUAUUACUUUGGUGUCUUCAAGUCAUUGCUGUGACGUUUGAAUAUGAAUUGAAAUGUCCAGCGCCAGGACAUUGGCGUCUCCGAGCAAGGAAGUUUUAUUGUGGUCAAAGUUAUGUGUGUUUAUUACGUUCACCAGAGAAUUCGUAUCGUGAGACCUGUGAUGGACUGGAUUAUAGCAGCACAGGCAGCAAACUUAUAUUUGAACCAUAUUUCAACAAAGCAGGAUGCAGUAACAAACGAUAUCAGCCUUUCCCAUUUUCAACUGAUGGUAACAAUAAGUGUUUGUAUCAAAAGUCAUUUUGUAAUGAAGAGGGUCAAAUCGUCCACCGUGAAGGAAGUAUGAUAAAUGAUACAGCAUGUAGAUGUGAUUCUUCACAACAGUACAUAUUUGUGACCACACCAAAACACAACUGUUAUUGUAUACCCUCAGAGGAAGAUUGUUCAUGUCACAAACUCAUUUGUGACAAUGAAGGCAAAUCUAAUCCUUGUCCUUAUAUUGGGGCUGCGGUUCGGAAUAAGUCAUGUCCAGAAAUUAUCGUCAGACCGUCACAGCAACAAAACAUGUCCACUCGAUCAAUAAACAGAGUUAAAGACGUCAGAAUUGAUUAUAAUGAAGGUAGAACCCAUAAGUUAAACUGUAUUUACUUUACCAUAUCAUUAUUGAUUGUCUUAACCAUUUGUUUACCAUUAUACGGUUUUUCACAGUGGCCUGAUGCAUUCUAUAAAGUUCCUUCGUUUAAAUGCAUAGUAGAUUACCUAACGUUUAUAGAUAUGUUGAAAGACGAAGAAAGUAUAAAGAUUAAAAAACAGACUUCAGAUAAAGAAAAGAACAGGAAACUAAUGGAAAUACUUUUGAAUGGAGGAGAAAACAAUUAUAAUCAAUUUCUCGAAGCUUUGAACGCAUUAGAUAAAUAUAAACACCUUGCAAAACUAAUACAAAACACAGAAGUUUCAACAAAAGAUAAAGAACUCUUUCAAAAUUGUACUUAAAGAAGCAGUUAUAUGU